AUGGAACCUCUAAUUGAGUGCAUAACCAAAUGUCAAGAAUUUAAAGACUAUUUUCAAGAUAAUUCCACAUAUUAUUUGAUAUCAAUAAAGUAAUUCUAUGAAAAAUACUUAGAUGGUUAAACAAAUCCAAAAUAAUUGCUCAAACAUUAGACAUUAAUAAAGUCAAUACAAUUCCUAUUUUAAAUUUAUAUUUGGUGGACGAUUAUUAUUCGAAUAUUUUAUAGUAACUUUUAUAUAACCUUUAGAUAUGAUGAUCCAAUAUACAAUUAUUUUUUAAAUGAAAAGUUAAAAUUAAACAUAGAUUACUUAUGCAUACCCCAAGAUAUAUGGGAAUCACUAGUGACUGCUCUUCAAAAUUUAAAUAAAAUUCCCUUAGAAUACUACACAUUUAAGACUUUAUUUAAAGAUGGAACUUUUAUAAAUAAAAAUCUUAAAAUUCAAUUAAUUCCUUUAUAUGAAGGAGUUACUAAUAUAAUCGAAGGAGUCUAAUGUUUCUCCAGAGAUUGGACGAUAUAAGAUACAAUUUAAAAUUUUGAAAAUCUCUUAAACUAACAAUUAACAAUUUAAGUGCCUCCUAAAAAUUUUAUUAAAUUUUACACCUUGAAGAACUUACCAUAAGAUUUUAAAUAAUUAAUUAAAUGGUUUCACGAGAAUCAAUUGGUUGUAGAAGAAUUUAAAUAAGACAAUCAUUAGUUAAAUAAUGGAUAAUUUUUAAUCUUAGACAUUCAAGUAUUAAAUAAGAAUUUUUAUUUUAAAUAAGACAAUAAUCAUUUGGAUUAGAGAAUUCAGACUAAUUUUGAAGAGACUGAAAUUUCCAAAAAGGGAUUUUCAGUUUAUGAGUCAUAAUAAUCAUUACUUAGUUGCUUAUUGAAAAAUUAUGAGUGUAGUAAUAAGAUAAGGAACUUUAUUAAGAAUAAUUUUUAGAAUUAUUUUAACUUAAAUGAAAUAAUUUAGGAAUCAUAUUAUGGAUGUUAGGCUGUUUUAUGUUAUGAAUCAAAAGACAUUGAAUUACUAAAGGAGCACUCCAUUACAAUCACUGAAAGUAGAUAUGACACUGUCUAUGUGAAUGGAAAACCAUAAAAAGUCAAUUUUGAUCAUAAAACAACAGUGAAGCAAUUAGCUGAGAAAUUUUUAUCAUAAAGUGAUUUUUUAUUUGAAUGUAGUAAUAAUAAUUACACAGAAACAAGUAUUAUAUUGUAUAAUUUUAGUAAAUCCUGAUAUGCCCCUAUAUCAACUUCCUAAAAAUUACAUAUAUAAUUUAAGUAGACGUCAAAAAAGUGAAGAAGAAUUAGAAAUAACAAUUAAUAGAUGUUUUGUUGAAAAAGUGGGAAUACUAAAGUCAUAUAGAAAUUUCGAUGCUAUUAGAAAAAUAUACAUAAAUAAACAAUCUAAAUUUUUUGAUUUGCAUUUAGAAAUUGCAAAUCUUUUUGAGGAGACAAAUUUCACCGAUUAUAAAGAAAAGAUUUUUAAUUAAAAGUAUGAAUUGAUAUUUUAAACUAAUCAAUAAGGAAAUGAGAGAUGUUCAUUUUGUGAUCUAAAAUUAUGUAAUAACUGUAUUGUUAAAUUUAUUGAUCAAAAAUUGAUUCUAAAAGUGAAUAAGGUUGUAGUCUAUGCAAUAUACAAUGAACCAAUAUAAAUAGAGAGGGAAAAACCAGAGAUUAUUAAGAAUUACAAUUUAGAAGAUUACUUUGAUUUCGAAAAAACUGAAGAAGAAGAAUUUCUAAUAUUAGAUAUCAAUCAAGAUCAGAUUAAUACAUAUUAGCUGUCUUAUCCAUAAUCAAUUCAUAAAUAUUAAUUAUUUGGUUUGAUAGAGAAGAUUGAUCGUUCAAAUUAUCAAAGUUAUUGCAAGAUUUAAGAGAAAUGGAUUCUAUUUAAUAAUGAAGGAUUUAAAUAAUUAGAUGAAAUUGUUUAGAAUUUAAAGGUCGUAAAAUUAUUCUAUGAAAAAAUAAAUUGA